UUGCCCUACCUAUAUAUGGGGGUUUCGUCCAACAUAAAACGAAUCUCGACCCAAAAAAAUUAUCUUAAAAAAGGAAUAACCAAAGAAGUCUCAAGAAUGGCGAUUGAAGCAAUAUUUGGCAUUCCCUUUAUCGUCCUCUUCUUCUCUAGUUCUCAAGCAACAACAUUCACCAUCACAAACAAUUGCCCUUACACUAUAUGGCCGGCAAACUUGGCAGGCAGUGGCCCUCAAUUGUCUUCGACUGGCUUCGAAUUAGGCUCCAAAGCAUCAUUAACCCUAACUGCCUUGCCACCAUGGAGCGGCCGGUUCUGGGCUCGUACCGGUUGCACUACAGACGCUUCCGGCAAGUUCAACUGUGCCACGGCAAACUGUGGCACCGGCCAAGUCCAAUGUAACGGUGUUGCCGGAAGUCCACCUACCUCUCUUGUAGAGUUCUCUAUAGCACCAAACAAUGGAAGGGAUUUUUAUGAUGUUAGUCUUGUUGAUGGCUUUAACUUGCCCAUUUCGGUGACCCCACAAGAGAAAUGUGAUAAAAAAAACCGACCGACGAAAUAUUCACUGAUUUUCAAGCAACAAUGUCCUCAAGCUUAUAGUUAUGCUUAUGACGAUAAGACUAGCACUUUUACAUGUAAUGGUGGAGCAAAUUAUCUUAUCACAUUUUGCCCAUGAUUGUUUUGGGACUAUUUAUUUGUAGGCAAUAAAAAAUGAAAAGUUGGGAAAUGUUUUUUUUUUUAAUAACAGAAGAGGAGAUUCGAAUUUGGGUCUA